AUGACUUCCAUAGUGUCUCGUUCCAUAGCUCGCACACUUACCUCUGGAUCGCAACGGCUACCCUCUGCUUCAAAUGUCCCAGUAACAGUACCCAGGUCCGAGCUUACUUUGAACAUCAAGCGCGGAGUAUCUUCCAAUGUCGGAGGAAAGCGCCCAGCAUCGCAUGCAGCAGUAACAACUCCUAGACCAGAGCCACGUUUCCCGUGUGUCGACGCCCAUGCAGCCCGACAGAUGCGACUUACUCCUCAACCAAUUACAGAUCCCUCUUCGACAGGUCCCGAACCAGCCUACGGUCGCCCAAAACCUACAUCAUACCAUACAUAUCAUAGCAGCGAGCCUUUGCAUCUUGUCUACGGCGACGUCCUCCCUCAAUUCGAUAUUGCCUAUGAAACAUGGGGAGAACUCAACUCUGUCCGUGAUAAUGCCAUUCUUCUGCACACUGGCCUUAGCGCAUCGUCUCAUGCUGCGUCAACGAAUAUAAACCCUGCUGAAGGAUGGUGGGAGAAAUUCGUCGGGCCUGGCAAAGCCAUCGACACCAACCGGUACUUUGUAAUCUGUACGAACGUGCUCGGAGGGUGCUAUGGGUCUACUGGCCCCUCUUCUCCAGAUCCUGUACGCACAGAUGCACCCUACGCAGCACGUUUCCCACUUCUCAGUAUCCUUGAUAUGGUUCGGGCGCAAUACCGACUGUUGGACCACCUCGGCAUUCACAAACUUUACGCAAGCGUCGGCAGCUCAAUGGGAGCCAUGUCAAGUCUUGCAACUGCGUGGACCCACCCGGAAAGAGUCGGGCGAGUUGUGAGCAUCAGUGGAACUGCACGGAGCAGCCCUGGGAGUGUUGCAAUGCGUUACGCCCAACGGAGCGUACUCAUGGCCGACCCCAAUUGGAAUAAUGGCUCGUAUUAUGACGGUCUGCCCCCACAUACAGGAAUGAAGCUUGCAAGACAGAUAGCUACCAUUACCUAUCGAUCUGGACCCGAGUGGGAUCAGCGAUUCGGCCGAAACUUAAGGAGGUUGAGUGAAGGCGAGCAGGCGCAACUAGAGUCAACGGGCCAGAAACGCCGACCCGCUUUAUGUCCCGAUUUUUUGAUUGAGACAUAUCUGGACCAUCAGGGCGAACAAUUUUGUCUGAAAUACGACGCAAACUCGUUCUUGUACAUAUCAAAGGCUAUGGAUCUUUUCGAUAUGACCCAGUCCAACCUACGUGCUCUUGAACUUGACAUCCCCCCCACUCCUCCCUCUCCAACUUCCGUUUCUCCUAGUGGCCCUUCUCCUACAUCGACAAAAGCUCACCUGCACCUCUCUCCUCCGCCUUCUUAUCUCUCCGACUUGGCCGCUGGACUUAGCCCCCUUUCUCAAACGCCUACCCUUGUCUUGGGCGUGCAGAGUGACAUACUCUUCCCGUUGAACAGCAACGCGAAAUGGCCGACGCAUUACGAAUGGCUGGAAAUAGCUCCGUGGUGUACUACGAACUUGGAGGGGUAUGGGGGCAUGACACAUUCUUGA